UUAAAGAAAACUUGAUGAAGUUUGGGCAUCAUUUAAAAGCUAGUAUAACGCCUGCCUGGCGAUUUCAUUUUAUAGAUUAUGACAGUUUGAAAACCUUUCUAAAAGCAAACAGACCCCCUAACUGGAGUACAAAUCAUGAAGAAUGUUUUAUUAACAUGCUAGGAGAAGAAUUAAAAAAAGUUUCUGCUUUUGAAGCUCUUAAGUAUAAGGAAUUAGAGCGCCACAUUGCCUCUGUUGAAAAAGAACUCCUUCUUAAUUCCUUAGAAGAAAGAAGUCUUGAAGUGGAAGAUAGCGAAAGAAAGAGUUCUAUUUUAGCUGAACUGGACUUGAUAGCACAGGAAAUAUCGCAUUUGUAUAGCUUUAAUUCACUUAACUAUACUGGAUUUUUAAAAAUUUUAAAGAAACAUGAUAAGACAACAGGGAUGACUUUGAAGCCCGCAUUUAUGGUUCACUUAGCAACUCAACCUUUUUAUAAAGAAACUUUUGAUGUUGUUAUUGUGAAAUUGAGUGAACUUUAUGAUUGCUUGAAGCCUCAAGGACCUGCAGCAAAGCCAUCUUCAGGGACGGUAUUUGUUCGCAAGACGACUAAAUAUUGGGUCCACGAGGAUAACGUGAUGGAAGUAAAGUGCCGCGUGAUUAAAAAUUUGCCUAUCCUCGUUUUUGGGCGAAGUGAAGGGAGCGAUGCGAGUCCCUACAUUUCCUCCGUCUAUUUUGAUAAUUCAAAUUUAGAUUUGUACCACGAGCGCAUCGAAAAGGUCGAGCAAGCACUCGCUAUUAGAUUCCGUUGGUACGGGAAAUCUUCCAACGAAGUUUUUAUUGAGAGAAAAAUUCACCACGAAGACUGGACGGGUGAUUUUAGUGUGAAGGAACGAUUUUCCCUUAAGGAAAAGCACGUGAACGAGUUCUGCCGAGGCACGUACACGCUCGAUAAAAAAGUUGAAAAGUGGAAAGAAGUCAAGCCCUUAGACGAGUGCGAGGCGACGUUGCGACUCUCUACUGAAAUCCAGCACCAGAUCCUUUCGCGGGGGCUUGAGCCUGUACUGCGCACGUUUUACAACCGCACGGCUUUUCAGCAUCCCAACACCGCCGAAGUGCGGAUCAGCUUAGACGUUCAGCUGGCGAUGAUCCGGGAGGCGGACCGCUGCGGUGGUAACUGGCGCAGGAAAGAGGUCGGUGUUAAUUGGCCCUUUCCUCAGUUGGACGAGGCGGACAUCCACCGCUUUCCUUAUGCCAUACUGGAGGUCAAGCUGCAAACCGCCGCUGGGGCGACUCCGCCCGCGUGGAUUACGGAUCUCGUGAACUCGCAUUUGGUAGAGCCCGUUCCAAAGUUCUCAAAGUUUAUUCAUGGUUGCGCCACGCUCUUGGAGAGUCGUGUCCGCCUCCUUCCUUUCUGGCUCCCGCAAAUGGAAAGGGAUAUCCGCAAGUCUCCGCCGCAUAAACAAAGCGCGCAGAGUGCGGAAAGGUCGUCCACACUUUUAGAGUACACCCCCUGGGGUUCCACGUGUUCUUCUGGCGGAAAUGAUGCUGUUGUGCGAAUUGGAACUCUUAAAGGAGAAGUCCUUGACUUGGAAGACCAAAGUUUAAACCACGAAGAUUCUAGCGAAGACGAGGCCACGGCUCUCUUGCGAAAGAGACGAAGAAAAAACCUGAACUUCUUAAGAUGCUUAACGAAGGGAGGAGCCUUCGUGAGAAAUAAACUCCGCUUGAACGAGCCCGUGGUAUUGGACUCUGCCGUGGCCAGCAGUUCGAGGCAGCCGAAGCCCAUCGCACUGCCCGUCCGAGUCGAGCCGAAGGUGUUUUUCGCCAAUGAGCGCACUUUCUUGAAUUGGCUUCACACAUCAGUGCUGAUGUCUACGAUCGGAUUGGCCCUUCUGAACUUGGGCCCACGUGGAGUCAGCACGCACGACGGAGCCUCUAUAAAGAACCGCUCUUCCAUAGUUGCUGGGCUCACCAUUAUUCCCGUUUCUUUGCUGUUCCUGAUUUAUGCGUUGUACACUUAUUUUUGGCGAGACCAGCUGAUCCGUCGGCGUUCUCCCGGCCCGUACAACACGGUCGGAGGGCCAAUUAUAAUCACGGGUAUAUUUAUUGCGGCGCUGAGCAUCAACCUUGUCAUCUGGUUUCUGGACCACGGCACAGACCCCGCCACGUGGUAGUAGGAACCGCCGCCUUCUCCUGAACAUUCACUUUGGCGGAAGUUAGAACGUUUCGUAGAGCAUUAUCAGCCAAUCCGCUGGAAACUUCAUUUGCUAUUCUCGAACUAAAUAGUAUUUGUUUGUUUUAAUAAUAAAGCACGUAAAUUUUUU